CGGCCAUUUUGAAUUGGUCGCGCGCUGCGUACGGGCGUAGUACUGUUGAGGUUAUUGGCGGUUAUAGUUGAUGAAAAUGGCAGCAAAAAUGACGUUGGAACUUUUUGAAAAGCAUUUAACUGAUUUUAAAAAAGAGGACAUACAGAAAAAAAUGGACAUAGCCAGUAAUGUAAGCAAACAAUGUGAACUACCUAAUAGACAACCUGGGAAAGAUAAGACUCCUCACUUAAUCAAGUGCCAGAAGCUUACUGGAGUACCCAAAGAAACUUUAACGGCUGUAAAUUCUCUCGACAAUAAGUCAAUAAAGUUUGAAGAUUGGUUAAGAGAACAAAAACUAAUGAUACACAAUUUUGAGUAUAACAACAUACGGAAACUACUGUUAGAAAACUACACGCAACUCCUAGAAAUACCUACAGGAGCGAAAGAUUGUCUAGACUACGAAGGUUAUAAGAAGUUUUUCACUUUUAUACAGCUACCAGGAACAAAGGCUUCCAUCAUAGUCGAAAAACCAGAAACAGUCGUAGAGAGACAGAGGUUUUUAUACACAAAGAUGAUGUAUAGGGAACAAAAGAAAGACAUAGUGUACAUAGGCAAGAUAAACCUGAUCCUAAACCAGGGUAAAUUUAGUUACAGAGAAGACACAAUUGAAGCCAGAACUCGGUAUAUUAUAGCAGCGUCGCAAACAUUAGGUCUCUUGGGCUAUAUCUACUGUUUCGGGAAUAGCCAGGAGUAUAUGACGAAUUGGAUAGAAGAGAAACUUUUACCCCAACUGUCAGAAGAAAGCGUAAUAAUUUUCCAAGAAAACGUUUUAAGUAACGACGACGAUAAACUUGUUAGUGACCUGUCAAAGGAGGACAUUAUAAACUGGUUGAGUGCUAACGAAGUCCCUCAUGAUCCCAAAAUGCACCGAGCAGAAUUGUAUAAUCUUGUAAAGACAAUUCAAAAAAGUCGUGUGAAGAAACUGUCGCCAGAAGAACUUAGCUUCAGAGCAAAGGGCCAUAUUACAAUAAGGAAAAAGAGGUGCAAUUUAAAUAAUAAUUUUUUUGAUUCUUUUUGGAGCUUUCUUGUACGAGAGAUGAACAAGGCUAUGACAGUACCAGUAAAAACCUCAGCGAACCAUCAUCAUCACGCUAUAAAUAACACAGCAAAUAUAAUCGUCCAGAAUUGUCCGCUUGAAUAUUGGAAAAAUUUAGGUAACAUACUGCUAGAUAAAGAAAGAGAUAUCUAUAGAGAAGACUUGGAAAUAGAGCAUGUGAUAGAUAAACUGAUGACUAUGGUAAAAAAUGAAGGAUUGCCGAAAGAAUGGGAUACAAAUUUAAAGUUAGAUGAAUACAGUAGAGCAGCGGAGCAGAAAUAUAUACUUCUUUCCGAUAAUCUAUUACAAUUGUUUGCAAAUAUGCAUAAAACUCAUUAUUACAAAACCAUAAAUAUAUUUAAACAAUAAUUAAA